AUGCCCCCUCCCCUUCCCCCCCCAACCCAUCGUCACCCGCCGACCCCCCUCCAACCCCUUCCUCAAUCUCCUCCUCCCUGCCCCCCUCUCUCCUCCCCUGCCGUGCACACAGCACAGCAUGUUAGCAGCUUCAAGGAACGGCUGCAACAUGGCCCCCGCUCUCGUGCAUACAACUAUCAGCUUGUGGAGGUGGAGCUGUAUGAGCUGGGCGAGGCGUACCGCGACGAGUACCUGGCGGCGCUGGGCGUGCAGCAGGGCGGGCUGGCAGGGCUUGUGCAGGCCACCUACCGCCGGCUGGGACUGCGCACCUACUUCACUGCGAGGGAGAAGGUGAGAGGGAGGGGGGGUGAAAGAGGGGGAGAGAUGAGGGAGGAGGGUUGCACUGCAAGGGGCAAUGGACACGGAGUUGCGAGGGGUGGUAGGUGGGCGUGCAUGUGGAUAUCAUAUGAUGACUUUGUGGUGAGUGGGUCGUACACGGCUGCCAAGGAGAAAGGCCUCGUGAGUCAACUCAACUGA